AGCUGCCUCGGCGCAGGGCCACUCCGGCGCCCACAGGCCGCUCCUCGCGCCGGCCCCCGCGCGGCGCGCGGCGUGCCGCUCGACGAGGCUCCGCCAGCCCUCCGCGCUCCGUUCCGCGGCCGACACAUGCGCCGCGGCGGCGCCGCCGCUGUCCGCCUGGGCGGCGGGCCCCCGCACCGCGGCGAGGAGGUGGCGAGGGGAGCCGGCGGCCACCGCGGCGACCUCUCGGACUUCCUGGCGCGCUUCCCGCUCGGCGGGCCCGAGGCGCCGUGCGCCCGCGGGUGCGCGCGCGACGGGCCCCUGCGCAGCGGGCUGCAGUGGCCGGAGCCGUGUGAGCACCUCGACGACGAGACCGACUCGGAGCGGUCGCCGGUGUUCCAGGAGCGCCCCCCCGGGGACCUGACGGUGCACCAGGGGCGCGCGUCGCACCACCGGCUCGGCACGAACAUCCCCUUGCAGCUCGAGCUGACCUGGGCGAAGCACGGCGCAAGCGGCACGUGGUUCAUGCUCGGCAGGGUCGUGGACGUCGUCGCCGAGCGGACUCCCGAGGGGCACCUGCUCGUGCGCUCUGCCAGCGGCGGGAUGGACGCCACGCUCUCGGGGAGGUGGGUGGCACCCGACCGCCUGGCCGGCGGCUUCUGGCUGGGUGCCGACGGCGACGGCGCCUUCGAGCUCCGGCAGUGCCCCCAGG